AUGAUUGUUGAUAGAUUUUGGGCCGAACUUUUUCGGCUCUCCGUGGACCGAACGCAAUGGGACAUCCUGCAUCCAUCGUUGCUUUCCAUCACAGUUCUCGAAGUUCCGUCUCGAAAGAGUGGCACCAAUGGCAAAGCUAUUCAGUUCAUUGCGAAAAGUGAAACCAGAAUCGUUAGCGAACAGAUACUGGAAACAUGUAAGUUUUGGUUUCUGCACCGUUUUGUUAUUUCUCACUGUAAUGAGGAUUCAUUUGCAUAUAUGCAAAUUAAAGGCCAAAGACUCGAAGAAGUUAAAACAUUUUCCUGUUCGCUAUUCGUAAGAGGCAAAAGCACUUCGAAGUAUUCCGAGGGAUGGCAAAUGUUAACAGUAACUGUCCUCUGAUU